AUGAAGAACAAGUACCCCUCAAAGCCUGUUCUGAUCUUUUUGUUUCUUUCUUUAAACAUUUUUUCCAUAGAAAUAGGAUUGGCUCAAAACGAAACAGCACCUAUCGGAGUGAAUGUUGGUUUGGUCUUAGACAUGGGAUUUUUGGAUGUCAAUAUUAGUUUGAGUUGCAUUAACAUGGCCCUCUCGGACUUCUAUGCCACUCAUGGCCGUGACUACAAAACCAGACUAGUCCUCACCACUAGGGACUCCAAGAAAGAUGUAGUUGAAGCAGCAGCCGCAGCCUUGGACCUGAUAAAAAAUGUGGAAGUCCAAGCAAUCUUAGGGCCUACAACAUCAAUGCAAGCCAAUUUUGUUAUUGACCUUGGAGAAAAAGCUCAAGUGCCCAUCAUAUCAUUUUCUGCAUCAUGUCCUUUUCUUACUUCCAAGAGGAGCCCCUAUUUUUUACGAGCAACAAAUAAAGACUCAAGUCAAACGAAUGCCAUAAGUUCUAUAGUUCAAGCCUUCGGAUGGAGAGAAGCAGUACCCAUCUAUGUUGACAACGAAUAUGGAGAGGGAAUCAUUCCUUAUUUAAUUGAUUCUUUGCAAGCAGUUGAUGCUCGUGUCCCCUACCGGAGCGUUAUUUCUCCUUCAGCCACCGAUGAUCAAAUUGCUGAGGAGCUAUACAAGCUGAUGACAAUGCAAACGAGAGUUUUCAUUGUGCACAUGUUUCCUUCUCUUGCCGCUCGGGUUUUUGACAAAGCUAAAGAGAUUGGAAUGAUGAGUGAAGGUUAUGUUUGGAUCAUGACUGAUGGGUUCACCAAUGUUUUCUCUAGUUCAUCUGCAGAUACUUCUGUCAUUGAUAAAAUGCAGGGGGUAUUGGGUGUUAAACCUUAUGUACCAAAAACGAAAGAGCUCGAGAAUUUUCGAGUUCGUUGGAAAAGGAAAUUUUAUCAAGAUAAUCCAGAGAUUGUUGAUGCUGAGUUGAAUAUUUAUGGACUAUGGGCCUAUGAUGCUGCAACAGCUUUGGCCUUUGCAGUUGAGAAAGCUGGAACUUCAAAUUUGGGCUUCCGAAAGGCAGAUGUUUCUAGCAAUUCAUCAACGCAUCUUGGGGUCUCCUUAAACGGCCCAAACCUUCUUCAAGCAUUAUCAAACAUUAGCUUUAAAGGUCUUACAGGAGAUUACCUUUUCAUUAAUGGGGAGUUAGAAUCACCAGCUUUGCAGAUAGUUAAUGUGAAUGGCAAUGGAGGAAGAGAGAUUGGAUUUUGGACUCCAACAAAAGGACUUGUGAAAAACUUGAUUUCGACAAAAAAUAUAAGUUCGGAGUCAAUAUCAUUGUCUGGUAUUUCGACAGUAAUAUGGCCUGGGGAUACUACUGCUGUUCCCAAGGGUUGGGAGGUUCCCACAAGUGAGAAGAAGUUGAAAAUAGGAGUGCCAAUGAAGGGUGGCUUGAAUCAGUUUGUAGUAGUGACCAAUGAUUCCAAUUCCAACACCCCAAAAGUCUCCGGAUUCUGCAUAGAUGUUUUCGAUGCUGUAGUCAAAGCAUUACCUUAUGGUUUGCCAUAUGAGUAUAUCCCCUUUGGCAAGCCUGAUGGCGAGCCUGCUGGAACUUACGAUGAUCUGGUCUAUCAAGUAUACUUAAAGAAUUAUGAUGCUGUGGUUGGAGACGUUAGCAUUGUCUUCAACAGGUCCUUGCACAUCGACUAUACGUUGCCUUUCACGGAAAGUGGUGUCUCCAUGAUUGUUCCUAUUGCAGACAACAAUAGCAAAAAUGCAUGGGCUUUCAUGAAACCUUUGACAUGGGACCUCUGGAGUUAUACAGCCAGUUUAUCUAGCCUACUUACAGUCCAGCAGCUGCAGCCUACAGUUACUGAUGUUCAGGAGCUCAUUAAGAAGGAGGAGUUUGUGGGCUACCAGGAAGGUUCUUUUGUUCUAGGAAUCUUGUUAGACUUGGGGUUCGACAAGUCCAAGCUCUUGGCGUAUAGUUCUCCCGCACAAUGCCAUGAACUUUUCUCCAAAGGAAGAGGAAAGGGUGGCAUAGCUGCUGCCUUUGACGAAGUGCCAUGUAUGAAGCUCUUCCUGUCAAAAUAUUGCUCCAAAUAUACCAUGAUAGAUCCUACAUUUAAAACUGGCGGUUUCGGCUUUGUCUUCCCUAAAGGUUCUCCUCUAGUUCCUGAUAUAUCAAGAGCAAUUUUGAACAUUACUGAGGGAGAUCAAAUGAAGAACAUCGAGGAUGCAUGGUUUGGUAAAUAUAGAAGUUGUCCGGAUUCCAGCACCUCAGUUUCGUCUAAUAGCCUUAGUCUCGAGAGUUUCUGGGGAUUAUUUUUAAUUGCUGGAAUAGCUGCACUUUUAGCUCUCAUUAUCUUCAUAGUGAUGUUUGUUUACCAGGAAAGAAGAGUAUUCUUGAGGCCCUCUGAUUCAACCACUUCAAUAUGGACUAGACUUCGACAUUUGUUUAGCAUUUUCAAUCAGAGGGACUUGACAUCCCAAACUUUCAGAAAAAGUGAAGUGAAUGACAGAAAUGGAAUCGAUCUUCCAACUGUGGUGGCUCCAAGUCCAUCAGCCUAUUCAGUUCAUACAGAAUUUCCUGGAGAUCCAUCCUCUGCAGAGCAUCAACAAGCCCUUAUUGGCCUGGUUUUGAGGCCAUCAAGUUUGAGGUCUCCUCUUUUUGUUUCUUUGGGCCUGAGUCAUCAGCUUAUCGGCCUCAUGUCAACUGAAUGCCAUAAGUGCUAUAAUUCAAGCCUUCGGAUGGAGAAGAGCAAUUCCUAUCUAGUUGACAAUGAAUAUGGAAGGGGAAUCAUGCCUUAUUUAACUGAUGAUUUGCAAGCUGUUCAAGCUCGUGUCCCCUACCAGAGUGUCAUUUCUCCAUCGGCCACUGAUGAUCAACUUGGUGAAGAGCUUUACAAGUUGAUGAAAAUGCAAGCUAGAGUUUUCAUUGUGCAAAUUUCACCAAAUUCUUCUGUCACUGAUAGAAUGCAAGGGGUACUGGGUGUUAAACCUUAUGUUCCAAGAACAGAAGAGCUCAAAGAUUUACGAGUUCGGUGGAAAAAGAAAUUCCAACUAGAUAAUCCAGAGAUUAUUGAUGCUGAGUUGAGCAUUUGUGGACCAUGGGCCUAUGAUGCAGCUACAGCAUUGGCCAUGGCAGUUGAGAAAGCUGGAACUGCAAAUCUAGGCUUCCAGAAGGGAAAUGACUCUAGCAAUUCAACGGAUCUUGCAACUCUUGGGGUGUCUUUAAAUGGUCCAAACCUUCUUCAAGCUUUAUCAAACACUAGUUUUAAAGGCCUUACAGGAAAUUACUUUUUUGUUAAGAGGCAGUUGCAAUCAUCAUCUUUCCAGAUAGUUAAUGUGAAUGGAAAUGUAGGAAGAGAGAUUGGAUUUGGGACACCAAAAGGACUAUUGAAAAAGUGGAAUUCGACUCCUUUGUCUGGUAUUUCGACAGUAAUAUGGCCUGGGGAUGGUGUUGCUGUUCCCAAGGGUUGGGAGGUUCCCACAAAUGAGAAGAAGUUGAAGAUAGGAGUUCCAGUGAACUUGGAUGACAACAAUAUGUAUUUGUCUGUCAGAAAAGAUCCAAGUUCUAACACCACAAAAAUCACCGGAUUCUGCAUAGAUAUUUUUGAAGCUGUAGUCAAAAAAUUACCUUAUGCUUUGCCGUACGAGUACAUCCCCUUUGCCAAGCCUGCUGGAACUUACAACGAUCUGGUCGAUCAAGUGUACUUGAAAAAUUACGAUGCGGUAGUUGGAGAUGUUACCAUUCUCUACAACAGGUCCUUGCUCGUAGAUUAUACCUUGCCAUUCACAGAAAGUCGUGUCGUCAUGAUUGUUCCUUUUGUAGACAACAAGAGCAAAAAUGCAUGGGUCUUCUUGAAACCUUUGACCUGGGACCUUUGGGUGACAAGUCUGUGUUUCAUUGUUUUUAUGGGAUUUGUGGUCUGGGUUCUUGAACAGAGAAUAAAUGAAGAUUUUCAAGGUUCUCCUUCAAAUCAAGUUGGCACUAGCUUCAGGUUUUCCUUCUCAACGAUGGUUUUCGCACAUCAAGAGGGAGUGGUUAGCAACUUGACUAGAGCAGUGGUAAUUGCGUGGUGUUUCGACGUGUUGGUCCUCACACAGAGUUGCACGGCCAGCUUUAUGAGCCUCCUCACAGUCCAGCAGCUGCAGCCUAAAGUUGCAGAUAUAAAGGAGCUAAUUCAAAGAAGGGAUUAUGUGGGUUAUGAGAAGAAUUCUUUUAUUCUAGAUAUGUUGUUAGAGUUAGGGUUCAACGAGGACAGGCUUGUGGCAUAUACAUCUUAUGAAGAAUACGAGGGCCUUUUCUCCAAAAGAAGCGGACAUGGUGGUAUUGCUGCCGCUUUCGGUGAGUCGCCGUACGUGAAGGUAUUUCUGUCAAAGUAUUGCCGUAAAUAUACAACGGCUGAUCGUAUAUUUAGAACCGGUGGUUUUGGCUUUGUCUUCCCUAAAGGUUCUCCUCUUCUAACUGAUAUGUCAAGGGAAAUUUUAAAUAUAAUUGAGGGAGAUACAAUGAAGCAAAUUGAGGACUCAUGGUUAGGCGAACAAAGCACUUGUCCAGAUUCCAAUACCUUGAUUUCAUCUACUAGACUUGGUCUCAAGAGUUUCUGGGGUUUAUUUCUAAUUUCUGGACUAGUUUCAAUUUCAGCUCUCAUUAUCUUCACAGCUGCAUUUGGUUACAAAGAAAGAACAGAUGCCACAGAAGUUGACGUGAGAGUGAAACCUUUUACCGCUAAUACCUCAAAGGUUAAGGAAUCUGAUGCUAAUGUAACUAAAGCUUGA